UUUAUAAUUUUGAUAAUCUUUUUCAAAAUUUACAAUCAGCGUUUCUCGGUCAGUUCUCAGUCUCAUUUCAAAAUCAUUUUUCUGCUGCUGAAGAAAGAUCCAUUUCUGUUGUUUCAUGCGGCACAUGAUUUGAUCGGACAUUCGAAAUACACCUGUUUCGAAAAACUAAGGCCACGAGCAUAUUAAUUCUUACAGAGCCGCUCUGAAAGGUAUCCGACAAGGACCAUACGAUUGUUCAGAACAGUUUUGGAUUUGGGAAUGGCAGAUACGGAUGCAUCCCGCCGAGGUCGUUUGGAAUACUCGGGGAAGCACAUUCUGGCUCCCAUGGUGCGAAUGGGAACACUACCAUUCCGAUCCUUAUGUUUGGACUAUGGAGCCGAUAUUGUUUAUUCUGAAGAGAUUGUGGAUAUAAAAUUCCUUCAAUCAAAGCGAACUGUUAACACUGCCUUGAAUACGGUGGACUACACCAUUCCCAAGGAGCUUAUCUUUCGAACUCAUCCUUGUGAACAUUCCAGUGUGGUACUGCAGAUCGGCACUUCGAACAGCGAUCAAGCAGUACAAGUUGCUAGAAUGGUCGAGAACGAUAUUGCGGGGCUGGAUAUUAAUAUGGGCUGCCCUAAGGAUUAUUCGGUCCGAGGUGGUAUGGGGGCCGCACUGCUGAAGACCCCUGAUGUUGCAGAGGAUAUUUUAAGGAGAAUUCGGGCUGAGUUUAAGAAGCCUUUGACUUGCAAGAUAAGGCUGUUUCAUAACAUGCAGGACAGCGUUAAUUUUGCCAAGCGGAUGGAAGCAACUGGGAUUGAGGCAAUUGCUGUUCAUGGUCGUACAAAAGAGGAAAGACCAAGUCAUAAAAACAACAGUGCCGCCAUCCGAGCCAUUGCGCAAGCGGUAUCGAUUCCCGUAAUCGCGAACGGCGGCUCUUCUGACAUUCGCUGCUAUAACGAUUUGGAAAAAUUCCGAUUGGAAUGUGGGGCGUCUUCAGUAAUGGUGGCGCGGAGUGUACAAACCAAUCCUUCCAUCUUUCGUCGCGAAGGUUUGCUAAGCCGAGAGCAAAUGAUCUCCGAUUUUCUUCGAAAAUCUAUCGAUUUUGAUAUUCCUUUUCGUAAUGCCAAGUAUGGAGUACAGCAUCUCUUUGGGGACACCAGCACCGAAUUCGGUCAGACUUUUUUGGCCACUCGGGAUUAUCCUGAUAUGUGUGAGGUCUUCGGCUUUGAAGAUUAUUAUGCACAGAAACAUGUGUCGACACCAGAAAAAGAUCGUCUCGUCGUGGAGAAAAAAUCGUGUUCCCUGAAGAGAGAUCGGGAAGAAGACAUCGUAGUGGAAGAAGUCGACUACAAUCCCAUAUCUAAAAAGCUGAAAAAGGCGCUGAAUACUUUUACGCCCAAAAGCAUUUUACUGGAACACUGCAAGAAGCAUUCCAUCGCUCCGGCGCAAUACAGUUUUACCAGUACCGGCAAGACGUUCUGUGGUAGUGUCCUGGUUAUGGGAAAGACUUUUAUUAGUACGGUGCCGCACAGAACUAAGAAAGAUGCCGAACAAGCGGCAACAGUAGUCGCGCUUCGGCAUAUUAUGCCGGAAUUCAGUUUGUAACAAUUAUCAUUAUUUUUAUGAGAGACUUACUCUGUGAUAAAAAUUAUUAUAUGUAUUGGUUGCAUAAAUUAUAUUUAGUUGUUGAAUAGUGUAGUUUGGUGUGUGUUGCUGUAUAGUAUAAAGUUGACGGGUAGUUAGAUCAUAUUAGUGAUGUUACUAACGGUUUAUGUAGCAACGGUAAAACUUUCGGUGUGUAAUUGUGUAUUGUUCGACUGAAUGCAGGCGGAUGCCCUUUUGGGAAUGCAUGUUAAAUUAUUUCCAGUUUUGUAGCUUAGUUGGUGUUGGUUGGUGGUGUUGGUGUAGAUUAUUAAUUUUAGUUUGAUUUUGCUUAUAAUUUUCUUUACGAUCUCCGAGAACUUUUCGAUCAGUUUUACGAAAUUCACUGCAGCACAAGCCGCUCAGAGGAGGCGCUUAGUUGUUAGUGUUAAUCGAGCGUUUGAAACGACGUAAAACAAUACAGCACUUACUGCUACCGGAAAUGACUAUUAACAACCAAAAUUAAAGUGUCAACAUGACAGAAAAUCAUUCACAAGAAGCUGUCCCAAUCGGCCACAACAAUAUCCAGUAUAUAUUAAC